UCUUCAUCGACCGCUGGUCCACCUCCGUCUGCUUGAUGAUUGACAAUAAUGGCGACGCUUUUAUUCUGAGUGUACUUCUGCGAGCCAUUUGACAAAAUAAAUACAUUUGAGGAAGAAAUCAAAUACACAUGACAAUAAACGCAGGUACAUACGAAGCAGGAAACAAAUAUUCCAACAAAAAAAGGACUAAGCUACGCUAGCUGGCUAAUGUUACUUAAGUUGUGGAGGUGGCAUUCUUGCGGAGGCACAAGGGCUAGCUAGCAGCUAACAAAGAUCUACAAUUUCGUGACGAUGUGGCUACUUUACAAGCUCUUGGGGUGACACUUUCUUGUGAUCUUGGGACGAAAAACUGAGACAUACCAGUUAUUUUCACAACGUUGCAGAAGAACAGCUUGUGGAGUGAAAAGUGCGUGCCAUUCAACAGCUUACUUUGGCAGCUAACGUGAGCCAAUUGCUAGCUGGCUAAGCUAGUGAGUUCGCUUGGCGUUGUUUCCUAGUUCACUGCGUUGUUGUUUUAUCUAGUUCUCUAGCUAAACAUAUGAUAUUCACAUUACGAUACAUUUGACUAGCAAUGUAUCUUUGCCUUUGUAGCUAGCGUGUGUCUGCUAUCUUGUUUUGGAACUUUACAGUAAGCAGGCUAGCCACACAGCCUAGCGUGCUACUUGCAAACUAACAAGACUGAGAUUGCUAACUUGUGUUUUUCUGGACAACAGAACAGACCGAUUUCGCGUUGUAAAAUUAUCCUGCUAAACACGGGUAACGUUAAUUAGCAAGCUAACAUAUUCUGCUAGCUGGCAAUUAUUUGUUUGUGUUAUUUGCGAGACCUUUUCGUAAAUGACUACCGGCAGGAAUAACCGUGUGAUGAUGGAAGGAGUUGGUGCGAGAGUGAUCCGUGGACCCGAUUGGAAAUGGGGGAAACAGGAUGGUGGAGAGGGACAUGUCGGCACCGUCAGGAGUUUUGAAAGUCCGGAAGAAGUGGUUGUUGUCUGGGAUAACGGGACUGCGGCCAACUACCGGUGCUCUGGUGCAUACGACGUGAGGAUAUUUGACAGUGCUCCUACAGGUAUCAAGCAUGACGGCACCAUGUGCGACACCUGUCGUCAGCAGCCUAUCAUCGGGAUCCGCUGGAAGUGUGCCGAAUGCAACAACUAUGACCUCUGCACCACCUGUUACCACGGAGACAAGCACCACUUGCGACAUCGCUUCUACAGGAUCACUACCCCAGGUAGCGAGAGAGUCCUGUUGGAGUCUCGCCGUAAGUCGAAGAAGAUCACAGCCCGAGGUAUCUUCACCGGUGGCCGGGUGGUGAGAGGAGUGGACUGGCAGUGGGAGGAUCAGGAUGGAGGCAACGGCAGGAGAGGAAAGGUGACAGAGAUCCAGGACUGGAGUGCAGCCAGCCCACAUAGUGCAGCCUAUGUCCUCUGGGACAAUGGGGCCAAGAACCUCUACAGAGUGGGCUUCGAGGGGAUGUCGGAUUUGAAAUGUGUCCAGGAUGCCAAAGGAGGGUCUUUCUACAGAGACCACUGCCCUGUUCUAGGUGAGCAGAAUGGCAACAGGAACCCAGGCGGUCUGCAGAUCGGAGACCUGGUCAACAUCGACCUGGACCUGGAGAUAGUCCAGUCCCUGCAGCACGGCCACGGAGGCUGGACAGACGGUAUGUUCGAGACCCUCACCACCACCGGUACCGUGUGUGGCAUCGACGAGGACCACGACAUUGUGGUGCAGUACCCCAGUGGGAACAGGUGGACGUUCAACCCUGCGGUGCUGACCAAGGCCAACGUGGUGCGUAGUGGGGAAGGUGUUGCGUCGGGGGCGGAGGGUGGCAGCUCCCAGUUCCUGGUGGGAGACCUGGUCCAGAUCUGCUACGACAUUGACCGCAUCAAGCUGCUGCAGAGAGGACAUGGGGAGUGGGCUGAGGCCAUGCUGCCUACCCUGGGAAAGGUGGGCCGUGUGCAGCAGAUCUACUCGGACAGCGACCUGAAGGUGGAGGUGUGCGGAACGUCAUGGACCUACAACCCUGCUGCUGUCACCAAGGUGGCCCCCACUGGCUCCGCUGUCACCAACGCCUCCGGAGAGCGUCUGUCUCAGCUGCUGAAGAAGCUGUUUGAGACCCAGGAGUCAGGUGACAUCAAUGAGGAGCUGGUCAAAGCAGCAGCCAAUGGCGACCUGGCCAAGGUGGAGGACAUCCUCAAGAGACCUGACGUGGACGUGAACGGGCAGUGUGCUGGACACACAGCCAUGCAGGCGGCCAGUCAGAACGGUCACGUGGACGUCCUCAAGCUGCUGCUGAAACACAACGUGGACCUGGAGGCUGAGGACAAGGAUGGAGACCGGGCGGUGCACCACGCAUCCUUCGGAGACGAGGGCUCUGUGAUCGAGGUGCUGCAGAGGGGCGGGGCCGACCUGAACGCCAGGAACAAGCGCAGACAGACCCCCCUGCACAUCGCUGUCAACAAGGGCCAUCUGCAGGUGGUCAAGACCCUGCUGGACUUUGGCUGCCACCCCAGCCUCCAGGACUCCGAGGGAGACACGCCCCUGCAUGAUGCCAUCAGUAAGAAGAGGGACGACAUGCUGUCUGUGCUGCUGGAGGCGGGAGCUGACGUCACCAUCACCAACAACAAUGGAUUCAACGCCCUACACCACGCCGCCCUGCGAGGGAACCCCAGUGCCAUGCGUGUGUUGCUGUCCAAGCUGCCGCGGCCCUGGAUCGUAGAUGAGAAGAAAGAUGACGGUUACACCGCCCUGCACCUAGCGGCGCUCAAUAACCACGUAGAGGUGGCCGAGCUGCUGGUGCACCAGGGCAGUGCCAGCCUGGACAUCCAGAACGUCAACCAGCAGACAGCCCUGCACCUGGCCGUGGAGAGACAGCACACACAGAUAGUCAGGCUGCUGGUGCGAGCAGAGGCAAAGCUGGACGUGCAGGACAAGGACGGGGACACUCCUCUCCACGAGGCGCUGCGUCACCACACGCUGUCCCAGCUCCGCCAGCUGCAGGACAUGCAAGACGUCAGCAAGGUGGAGCCCUGGGAACCCUCCAAAAACACGCUGAUCAUGGGCCUGGGCACCCAGGGAGCAGAGAAGAAGAGUGCAGCGUCCAUCGCCUGCUUCCUGGCAGCUAACGGAGCAGACCUGACCAUGCGCAACAAGAAGGGCCAGUCCCCUCUGGACCUCUGCCCCGACCCCAGCCUCUGUAAGGCCCUGGCCAAGUGCCACAAGGAGAAGAGCAGUGGCCAGGUGGGCUCUCGUAGCCCGUCUCUGAACAGCAACAGUGAAACCCUGGAGGAGUGUAUGGUCUGUUCUGACAUGAAGAGAGACACCCUGUUCGGGCCCUGCGGACACAUCGCCACCUGCUCUCUCUGCUCCCCGCGUGUCAAGAAGUGUCUCAUCUGCAAGGACCAGGUCCAGUCCAGAACCAAGAUCGAGGAGUGUGUCGUGUGUUCUGACAAGAAGGCUGCCGUGCUCUUCGAGCCCUGCGGUCACAUGUGCGCUUGUGAGAACUGUGCCGGCCUCAUGAAGAAGUGCGUACAGUGCCGGGCUGUUGUGGAACGCCGCACACCCUUCGUCCUUUGUUGUGGAGGGAAAGGUAUGGAGGGUGAUGCCGCUGAUGAUGAUGAUGAUGAUGAGGAUGAUGAUGAGGACCUUACAGGUAACUCUAACUCAGCUCUAAUGGCAGGGGGGUCACUGGAUCUGCUCCAGCCCAACAAUCUGGCGCUAAGUUGGUCCAGCGGUAACAUCCCGGCCAUGCAGAGAGACAAAGACAACACCAAUGUCAAUGCUGACGUUCAGAAACUGCAGCAGCAACUGCAGGACAUCAAGGAGCAGGUAAGCAUGGUGACCAUGUGUCCGGUGUGCCUGGACCGGCUAAAGAACAUGAUCUUCAUAUGUGGCCACGGCACCUGCCAGCUGUGUGGCGACCGCAUGAGCGAGUGCCCCAUCUGCCGCAAGGCCAUCGAGAAGCGCAUCCUUCUGUACUAGAGUCCCAGGCUUCAGUCUCAGCCUACAACACCCCCCAUGUCAAGGCCAUCGAGAGGCGCAUCCUUCUGUACUAGAGUCCCAGGCUUCAGUCUCAGCCUACAACACCCCCCAUGUCAAGGCCAUCGAGAGGCGCAUCCUUCUGUACUAGAGUCCCAGGCUUCAGUCUUGGCCUACUACAAUCCCCACCCCCAAUCUACAACCAACCACACCAGCUGCUGCUCUCCCAUCUAUCUCAUCCUCACUGCUCCCAUCUGUGUCUCUGCCAGCCCAGCCCAGCGUAGGGCGUCUUAACGUCUUACAACCAGAAAAACAUAACAUGCACUUCAGCAUUACCAAUGUGGCUUCUUUUAAAAACAGAAACCUUGUUAUAGAACAAUCAAACAUUGUAUUGAAAGAGAUCCUUGGUGUUUGUAGCUCAGCUGAAAGCCUGUAGUCUCUUGAUUCUUUGCUAUGCUCCUCAGAAUGCCCUUUCGCCUCUCUCUCGUAUCUCUCUCUCGCUCUUCUCCUCCCCCUCCCCUCUCUCUCUCUGUUGUUUUCCUGUUUCUGGUGGGGGGGGGGGGCAGUCAGAGCCACUUAGUCCCAUCUCCAGGGUCCUAUUCAUUAGGGCACACUGUAGCAAAAUGUUUUGCAACAUAAAACGUAACUGGACAAGUUGUGGUAGUCCCUCCCUGUUUCUGUCUGUUUUGUUCUGUUUUGGUGCCUAAUAAACAGGACCCCGGUUCUGCUGUGUGUUGUGUACAGCCUGGGAGGUAGAGGGCGUUUGGCUUAUCAGCCAUCAUGUAGUGUUCUCUUCUCCUCAUCAUCACACUCUCCUCCCCAACGCCUCUCCUGUUUGGAGGGCUGCCUCUCCUGUUUGGAGGGCUGCCUCUCCUGUUUGGAGGGCUGCCUCUCCUGUUUGGAGGGCUGCCUCUCCUGUUUGGAGGGCUGCCUCUCCUGUUUGGAGGGCUGCCUCUCCUGUUUGGAGGGCUGCCUCUCCUGUUGAAGGGCUGCCUCUCCUGUUGAAGGGCUGCCUCUCCUGUUGAACCUAAAGCCCAUUUAUCAUUGAUUCUAUUAUCUUUGUAUUUCUUAUGCAAACCUAUUCGUAAUGGAAGCUACUGACGUGGAUAUUCAGUACUUUUGGAGUUUACUCAACAUUUCAUGAUGAUAGCUACAAUAUGAUGACAUAUUUGUAAACAUACUAAAAAUGCAAUGUCCAGCACUUUUAAUAGUUCAACCAGUCUUCUGCUACACGUGCAUAUUUGAGGUGGGUUGUCGUUGUGACAUGUUGGGGAUUUUGGCAAUGAGGCCCUUUAUCUAUUUCCCCAGAGUCAGAUGAACUCGUGGAUACCAUUUUUAUGUCUCUGUGCAGUUUAAAGGAAGUUGCUAACUAGCGAUAGCGCAAUUGCUAACUAUCGUUAGCGCAGUGACUUGAAGUCUGUGCGUAAUCUGCUAGCGUGCUAGCAGAUACCAAUAGACUUCCAGUCAUUGUGCUAACGCUAGUUAGCAUUGGCUCGCUAAAACUACCUCUAACUUUCUUCAU